AUGCUGGCUUCACGCUUUGCCCGUUCUGCUCUUAGAAACACUAGAAGCUUUGCUCCUGCUGUCCAGGCUAGAUUCAACUCUGGCAAGGUCCAGGGUACCGUUAUUGGUAUCGAUCUUGGUACUACCAACUCUGCCGUCGCUGUUAUGGAAGGCAAGGUCCCCAAGGUCAUUGAGAACGCUGAGGGUGGUCGUACCACUCCUUCCGUCGUUGCUUUCACUAAGGAAGGUGAGCGUCUCGUCGGUGUCGCUGCCAAGCGUCAGGCUGUUGUUAACCCUACCAAUACCUUUUUCGCUACCAAGCGUCUGAUUGGUCGCCGUUUUGAGGAUGCUGAGGUCCAGAAGGAUAUCAAGCAGGUUCCUUACAAGAUUAUCAAGCACACUAACGGUGAUGCCUGGCUCGAGGCCCGCGGUGAGAAGUACUCUCCUGCUCAGAUUGGUGGUUUCGUCCUCAACAAGAUGAAGGAGACUGCUGAAGCUUACCUUGGCAAGCCCGCCAAGAAUGCCGUCGUUACCGUCCCCGCUUACUUCAACGACUCUCAGAGACAGGCUACCAAGGAUGCUGGUCAGAUUGUCGGCCUUAAUGUUCUUCGUGUCGUUAACGAGCCCACUGCCGCUGCUCUUGCUUACGGUCUUGAGAAGACUGAGGACAAGGUUGUCGCUGUUUUCGAUCUUGGUGGUGGUACUUUCGAUAUCUCCAUCCUUGAGAUCCAGAAGGGUGUCUUUGAGGUCAAGUCUACCAACGGUGAUACCCAUCUUGGUGGUGAGGACUUUGACAUUUACCUUGUUAGACACAUUGUCGAGCAGUUCAAGAAGGAGAAUGGUAUUGAUCUCGAGAAUGACCGCAUGGCUAUCCAGCGUAUCCGUGAGGCUUCUGAGAAGGCUAAGGUCGAACUUUCCUCUGCCCUCAAGACUGAUAUUAACCUUCCCUUCAUUACUGCCGAUGCUUCUGGCCCCAAGCACAUUAACCUUACCAUUUCUCGUGCCCAGUUUGAGAACCUCACUGAGUCUCUGAUUAAGCGCACUAUUGACCCUGUCAAGAAGGCUCUUAAGGAUGCCAGUCUUAAGACUAACGAGGUUGAUGAGGUUAUCCUUGUCGGUGGUAUGUCCCGUAUGCCCAAGGUCAAUGAGACUGUCAAGUCUCUCUUUGGCAAGGAGCCCAACAAAUCUGUUAACCCCGAUGAGGCUGUUGCCAUUGGUGCUGCCAUUCAGGGUGCCGUCCUUGCCGGCGAGGUCCAGGACGUUUUGCUUCUCGAUGUUACUCCUCUUUCUCUCGGUAUUGAGACCCUUGGUGGUGUCUUUACCAGACUGAUUAACAGAAACACCACUAUCCCCACCAAGAAGUCCCAGGUCUUCUCUACUGCUGCCACUGGCCAGACCUCUGUUGAGAUCCGUGUCUACCAGGGUGAGCGUGAACUUGUCCGUGACAAUAAGCUCAUUGGCAACUUUACUCUUUCUGGUAUUCCUCCUGCCCCCAAGGGUGUUCCUCAAAUUGAGGUCACUUUUGACAUUGAUGCUGAUGGUAUCAUCAACGUCUCUGCCAAGGACAAGGGCACCAACAAGGAUGCUUCUAUCACUGUUGCCGGUUCUUCUGGUCUUUCUGAUAAUGAGAUUGAGAAGAUGGUUAACGAUGCUGAGAAGUACAAGGAGCAGGAUAAGGCUCGCCGUGAGUCUGUUGAGACUGCCAACCGUGCUGACUCUAUCAUGAAUGAGACUGAGAACUCUCUUAACGAGUUUGAGGCCCAGAUUGACAAGGCUGAGGCUGACAAGAUCCGUGAGAAGAUUACUGAGCUUCGUGAGGUUGUUGCCCGUGCCCAGGCUGGCGAGGAGGUUGACUCUGCUCUGAUUAAGGAGAAGACUGACGAGGUCCAGAAUGCUUCUCUUAAGCUCUUUGAGCAGGUUUACAAGUCCAAGGCUCAGCAGAAUGACUCUUCUUCUUCUUCCUCUGAGGAGAAGAAGGAGUAA